AUGAGGGAGACGGCAAAGGCGGUACUAGGGGAAACAAGAGGGGCAGGUAGUCAGCGGAAAGGGGGUAGGGAAUCUUGGUGGAUCAGUGAAGAGGUCCAGACCAAGGUUGCGACAAAACUUAGUUGCUUUAAAGAGCUUAUCAAGAGCAAGCAAAACGGGACAAAUGAGGACUGGUCCUUGGCUAGGCAGAGAUACUACGAAGCCAAGAAAGAGGCAAAGAAGAUUGUAGCUAUAGCAAAAGAAAGAGCGUACGAAGAACUGUAUAAGAAACUAGACUCCAAGGAAGGCAAGAACGAUAUAUUCAGAAUUGCUAAAGCAAGGAAGAGAAAACGCAGGGAUUUAGGAGACGUCAUCUAUAUUAAGGAUGAAAGCGGACGGAGCAUUGUGAAGGUGGAAGACAUUAGGAAAAGAUGGGAAGAGUACUUCGCCAACCUGUUUAAUAGGAAAGAGUCGGGGCGAAGUGAAGGAGGAAUCGAUCACGGUACCCACUCAGACAUAUGCUGCGACGACGACGAUACUCCGAGGAUCAGCCAAGAGGAAGUAAGGCUCGCCCUAAAGAAGAUGGGGAGAAACAAAGCAACAGGUCCAGACCAAAUUCCUAUCGAGGCAUAUCUCGACGGCGGGAAUGGGAGAUUACCGGUAAGCCAGAUGCUUCGCGGGAUAAGCUUGCUGACAAGCCUUUUCAACAAGAUUUGGACAAGUGCAAAAAUGCCAGAAGAAUGGAGACUUAGCGAGGUCAUACCUAUCUAUAAGAACAAAGGGGGAGUACAGAGUUGUAGAAACUAUAGGGGCAUUAAACUCCUAAGUCAUACCAUGAAGCUAUGGGAGAGAGUGAUAGAGAUGAGGCUUAGAAGGGUUACAAAGGUGGCAGAGAACCAAUUCGGUUUUAUGCCAGGUAGGUCGACAAUGGAGGCUAUUCACAUCACCAGAAGCCUUAUGGAAAAGUAUAGGGAAAGACAAAAAGCGCUACACUGUGCCUUCCUAGAUUUGGAAAAAGGCAUACGAUAG